AUGCCUUGUUGGCCUCUUGCUAAAAACAAACCUUUGCAACGUAAAUUAGUGGUGUUAGGUGAUGGUGCUUGUGGCAAGACGUCUUUAUUAAAUGUAUUCACAAGAGGUUAUUUUCCACAGGUUUAUGAACCAACGGUGUUUGAAAAUUAUGUGUAUGACAUAUGGAUUGAUAACCAACAAAUUGAAUUAUCGUUAUGGGAUACAGCAGGUCAAGAAGAAUUUGAUCGUCUUCGAACUCUAUCAUAUGCAGAUACACAUGUAGUAAUGAUGUGUUUUUCAGUUGAUAAUCGAGAUUCUUUAGAUAAUAUUGAUUCAAAAUGGAUGCAAGAAAUACUUGAACAUUGUGAGGGCGUAAAAAUUGUUUUAGUUGCUUUGAAAUGUGAUUUACGAGAAGAUAAGCAAGUUAUACGUAAUAUGCAGAGAUAUGGUGAAAAACCUGUCACAUAUGAAGAAGGUUUAACAGUAGCUCGAAAUAUCCAAGCUGCUAGAUAUUUAGAGUGUUCAGCGAAACAUAACAGAGGUGUACGGGAAGCAUUUGAACAAUCUGCUCGUGUGAGCAUUCAUGCCAAACCUAAAGGUAUACAGAACCAUGUUGAUGAAAAAACAUGUGUAGUAACUUAA